CCUCGUUUUAAGAUCGCCAACAGAGUAGCCGGUCUGUCGCAUAUUGCCAGGCACAGGCAAUGGUAAAGUUGGCAAAGUGAUUGUCUAAUCAGCAAGCUUCAGCCAAGCAAGGACCGACUUUCAGAGCGUUUUUUUGGUCGCCCAACCAACAGCUCCCGUCGGAGUCGGGAUGAUCUCCAACUGCGGGGGAGUAAUCAGUGACUUGGCCUCUGCGUGUUGAUUGCGGGGUAGCUACAGUGGGAUGAGCCGCCCCGGAGCUACUGCUGUCUGUGGGGACUGACAGACACGCCUACACAUACAGUAGUCAAUGCGGUCUUCCAGAGGCUCUCCCUCCCUGUGGCUGAACACCCAGCAGCACCACCAUGUCCCGCGUUUCCUCCACAGCCAAGCGCUAUGCUGGCUCCUCUUACACCAGCCACUACAGCUCCUAUGGCUCCUCCUUGACCCCAGGCCUUAGCUCCUAUGGCGAGCGGGAUAAGCUGUCCUCCUACAAGUCCCCCACUUCCCCCUCCUCAGGAUACUCUUCCCCUUCCAGUUACCUAAGCAGCUCCUCCGCCCGCACACGCAACUACAGCACUUCGUCUGAGCCAGACCGUGACCGCGGCCGAAUUGUCCCACGCAGCGACAUCCUUGGGAGUAGCAGCAGUAGCCGCCGCAGUGAGAGCCUAAGCCGCACCCCCAUCAAGGCCUAUGGAGGAUCGGGUCUAAAUGGGGGGUCAGCCUACUCAGGCUACAGCUCCUACUCUUCCUCCUCAGUGCAGCCCAGCUACCUCACCUCCUCACCGAUGGCCUCCAGCAUUUCGCUCAGCCGACGCAAGUCCGUGUCCCAGAGCGACCUGAGCAGGGAUCUGUCUACCCUGGGCCUCACUGACCCUUCCCCCUCCCCGCCUUCUUCCUCCAGCAGUGCCCUGAGGAGUUACCGCAGUCGCACCAGUGAUGUGGCCGACCUGUAUGGCAGCAGCAGCAGCUCGCGUCCGGGCUACUCGGGCCUGUCUCGGAGCUCCACUCAGGAUGCCCUCUCGCGGAGCACCACCCAGGAGGCCUUCGGCAGCAGCCGCAGCAGCAGUAGAGGGUUCAGCUCCUCUUCAUGGGAAAGGAGCAACCAUGGGUAUUCCAGCUCCCCCACCAGGGACUCCACGAACUCUAAGAGUGCCCAGGGCCUGGUGGGACUACGGAACCUGGGGAACACUUGUUUCAUGAACAGUAUCCUGCAGUGUCUCAGCAACACACACAGCCUGCGAGACUACUGCCUGCACAAUUCGCACCGUAGAGACCUUAACAACAACAGCCGCACCAACACAGCCCUCAUGGAAGAAUUUGCCAAGCUGAUCCAGACUAUGUGGACGUCAUCCAGCAGUGAGGCGGUCAGCCCCUAUGAGUUCAAAACUCAGAUCCAGAGAUACGCUCCCAGAUUUGUGGGAUACAACCAACAGGACGCCCAGGAGUUCUUGCGUUUCCUCCUGGAUGGCCUGCACAAUGAGGUCAACAGGGUCACUGUCAGGCCUAGAGGCACUGUGGAGGACUUUGACCAUCUCCCGGAUGAGGAGAAAGGGAAGAAGAUGUGGAGCAAAUACUUGGAGAGAGAGGACAGUAAGAUUGUAGACCUGUUUGUAGGCCAGCUGAAGAGUUCUCUGACCUGCAGCCACUGUGGUUUCUGCUCCACUGUCUUCGACCCCUUCUGGGAUCUUUCUCUACCUAUCGCCAAGAAGGGCUAUGGUGAGGUGAGCCUUAUGGACUGUAUGCGGCUCUUCACCAAAGAAGAUGUCCUCGAUGGGGACGAGAAGCCAACAUGCUACAGGUGUAAAGCCAGGAGAAGAUGCACAAAGAAGUUCACAAUACAGAAGUUCCCUAAGAUCUUAGUGCUUCACCUGAAACGAUUCUCUGAAGCCCGUAGAACCAGCAAACUGUCCACCUUUGUCAACUUCCCCAUGAAAGACCUUGACCUGCAUGAAUUUGCCUCUGAAAAUACCAUUAAUGCAGUGUACAACCUGUAUGCAGUGUCCAACCACUCAGGCACCACUAUGGGUGGUCACUACACAGCUUAUUGUCGCAAUCCCACCUCGGGAGAAUGGUACACCUUCAAUGACUCCAGAGUAACGCCAAUGUCCUCCAGCCAAGUGCGCAGCAGCGAUGCCUAUGUGUUGUUUUAUGAGCUGGCUUCCUCCUCACGGAUGUGAGCACCUCCUGGAGGACAAGGGGCCAUGGUACCAGAUAACUCUCUAGAUGGACUGGAAGAUGGAGCAAUAGGAGAGAGGAAGAGUGUCAGUGGAGCCAUGCCUCAUUUGGCUCAUUUGGACUUGUAUUUCACAUUUACAUGGACACAUAAACACACAGUCACGCUCAACAAACACAACACAAACUUCCACAUCUUGAAGGCUGCAUCCCCCAUAAGCCUAAAUAUCUCAUCCUAAACCCAGUCAUAACUGACAGAGAGAAAGAGCAGCACUCUGUAUAUGCAUGAGUGUUUGUGUGUGUGCAUGUGUGUGUAACUGUAUGUGUCUUAGUCGUCAGUGUGUGUGUGUGUGUGUGUGUGUGUGUGUGGGCGCGUGUGUGUAUGUGAAGCUUACACAGGGGAUCCGUGCCAGGCAAUAAUCCUAUCUGCCUAACAGACAGACAGGUGAAACCGUCUCCAUCUCAAAAGUCCGUCUCUAUGCAGUGCGAACCCAAAUCUCAUGCCAGCUGCACCUUUUCCUGAAUUCUUCAUCAUUGCAUUUGCCUCAAAAAUUAUAUUUGAAAAAAAAAAGAAAAAAAAACAUUAAGACUUGUUGCACUUAUCAUACUUUUUGCUUUGGAUUUUAUUUUAUUUUUUUGAUUUUUGUACCUGUAUUUCCCUAGCACAAUGAAUAACAUCAUUAACCACCACUUUUGAAACUUGCUGAGUUGUGGCAGUACGACAGCAGCGGGAGAGAACGUCACAGGACUGGUGAUUGUUGCAUGACGCUCACAGCCUACUGGCCAGCCUGGCUACCCCAGUUGGCCCUUCCACUGUGCUACCACACUCCUGUAGUCCGUCUGUUGGAGAGAUAACUGCUAAACUCUGUGUCUACUCUCCCCCUCGCCACCCACCCCCAAAAAAGGUGAUUGGGAGGCCAGCAGCACUGUGAGUGUGGCCUAUUUUGGAGCCUUCCCCUCAAACUUGUGUUUUAUUUAAUUAGUUUUCCCUGUGUGGCUGCUACUGAUGUUUUACAAGUGUUGUGAAUGAAUGGACGAUCCAGUAGGGAUGUGAUAGGACUUAAUAACGUGGAUGGUAACAAUCCUCAUCCUCAGCAUGGGGUAUUUUCUUCCUCUCUUGUUUCAUGCCAUUGAACAACACAGAAAGAAUGUUUUCAACAUGAAAAAAAAAACAAAAAACACUAUAUCUGUAUAUUUUUAUAUCCUGAUGCAAUAUAGAGAAUGUACUACUCAGUGGUGCUGAAAAUGACCCAUAACUGUUUUCAGUCGGUUCAUUUAACAGGUUUCAAGAGAGAAAAAACUUAUUAUUUAUGCUUACAGCUGAUAAUGUGAUGAGUCACACAUUUCAACAGUGGCAGUCAAACACAUUAUAUAUAUAUAUAUAUAUAUAUAUAUAUAUAUAUAUAUAUAAAUAUAUAUGAGAAUAAAUUCUAUGAAGCGGUGGUUUUACUUUUACACUGUGUUGUCUUUUUUUUUUGACUGGACUAAAGCCAAAAGACUUGUUUUCAGAAUUUCUCAUUGCCAACGGUCAUCACCAAUCAAGUUGCCUUUUGGGACCCUCACAUUGAAACACCAACGGUUUUGUCUCUUGAAAAAAGGGCCAAAGCAUACCGGUAAUUUAAUGUGUCAGUGGAACUCCAGAGAAUAAAGGGUUUUUUUUGUUUUUUUUUUAACCAUCACAUGCAUGCUACUAUGAACUAAAUUAAAUAAAUUGUAUGCAGUUAUGUGAGAAAUAGCGACAUGAAAUAAACUGGCUAAAAGCCAGAAAAAGGCAAACACAAAUUUCAGAGACGCAAUAGUGUCGUGGUUGUCUGCAGAAUGUGCAUUACAAGCGCUUUUUAGUGCUCAUUCCUGAAUCAUAGGCCUCCGUUUAGCUUGGGAGAACACAGGGUGCAAUCUUACUUUUGUGAUAUCAUUUGUCUUGGGGAAAGUAAACACAAAGGGCUCUCUCCUUCGCUUUCAGACACCAUAUAAACACAUCCUUUCCUUUAAAGAUGGAACCCUGUGUAUAAAUAAGAGUACUGUUUACAUCCUGCAGGUGACCUCACCGUCUAUUUCUGCACCCCAUGAUCUGCAGCCUUCUGCAUGGUGGGACCUGAUACCAUGUAAGGUCUACCAGCCUCUUUGUCUGCACCCAGGCUAUAAAAGAGAGCCCGGGAAGGACACAAUUUUUGA